GAGGUUACUUGAUACUCGAACACUUCAUCGUCAACUGUUCAAUUGAGUGAACGCGAAUAGAGCUGGUGGAAUAGCCGAUAUUACAAGUUUACCAACGUGAAGUUGUUCUUUCUGCUUCGAUCCUAUUCAAUAGACGAUAACAAGGACAAGACAAGUGUCAGUGAUUAAAUGCAAGCAGUCUGUUUAUCAGCGUUGACUGGUUGCGGACCAAGUAAAGGUUAAUUUUUGUUCUCCGAAAAAAUAUCGGCCCAAGGAGUUUUAUCUAAGGAAGGGUUGGUACUUGUUCGAGAGAGAUUGUGCUAUUGUUGUGAUUUGUGACUUAAGUUUUGUCGUGUCGUUUGGUUUAGUGGAGUUGCUUCUGCUGAUAAAGGAUAUUUUGAAAAUAUUUCACUGCAGGUUAAAUGAACCAACAACUCAAAAGAUACGUGAACCAUACUUAUGGUAUAUCUAAGAAGAUAAGAGGAAGAAAAUGAAGGGCACAAAACCGUUAUUUAUGUUCCUGUUUGUAUGGACGAUAGCUAGAUGCUAUCCGACGAAACCUCUCAACGAAAGAUCGACGGAGUUGACAUGGCAGGCUUGGUUGCUGAUUGAUGAAAGCCAGAACAAACAACAAGAUAGCACGUUGAAACGAAGAAUUACCCCAAAAUCUGUGUUUAUAGCACCCACUUUCAGUCCGGAGAGCUUACCCGAAUGCUCCGAAGGGUACCAGUCUGAUCCAAUGGGAAGAUGCAUAAAAAUAAUUAUGCUGAACAAAGAGCUACACCUGGAUUUCUUGCUUCAGCAAUUAAACCAGAAGUUUGGAGGAAUGGAAGACUACGAGUAUGAGGAUGAAACCACUUCCGGUCCCCUCAAUAUAAACAUUCCUCUCAACGCAGUUCAAGAAGAAACAGAUGUAGCUAUUGUGGUUGCACCAACCAAAAAUAUUGGACAGAGUGCCUUGGACAAGGAGAUGGAUAUGAACAAGACCUUGAGCGUGGAAAAAGUAAAUGUGGCUGAUAUUGCUGGAAUCCUUGGUUUGAAACAGGUUGCUGAAGUUGAAACUACAACAAUAAUGGGAACAGAUACAACAACGCAAGAGCUGACAACAGAAACAACAACCGUCAACACACAAGGUUCAACAUCAGAGUUAAACGCUCUUUUCUUCUUGGAUUCGAAGAGACAGGUAGAAGUCAAAACAGACUCAACAACUUUGACAUCUACCACAUCAAAUGCCGCUUCUACCGAAGGUUAUGUUGACAGUAGCACAACUCAAAAAAGGGGUAUUCAGGACAGCGAACUCACUCUGUACCAGAUGGACCAAGCACUCCCCUAUACUGAUUCAUCAGUAUCUUUCGUCGAUACCAAAAGAGAAGUUGUUAAAACGAAAGAUGACCCUACGACCACUGAGAAAAUAACGGAAAGGCCACCUACAGCAUUCACAGUAAGAUCCACUCUGAUGGUGCCCAAGAAUCGAACAAAUUCUUAUGAUUACGUACCACCUCUACCAAGGGUUUCAACACCGGCACCUUUCAGAAAACCAAGUCAUCAAGAUACCACAACAGCUUCCAUCUUAUUCACCCCAAUAGACAAUGUGCUCUCUCUGGAAGAUAGCACAGUUGUUCCCAAGAAUACAGGCGCAGUUUUGUCUACAGGUUCUCAAGAUACUUUCAAUGGCAACAGCAAUAAUAAAUUUUUUAUCCAACUUGGAGAUUCUUCUAACGAAACCUCUAACAGUCUACCAAUAAAAACGGAUAUUAAAAGGGUAGCCGAUUUUAAUAAAAUAGCGUUUCCUACAAAAGGAACUACCCUUGGUAAUACUGGGAGCUGGAUAUUUAGUUUACCUUCAUCAAACAGAGUGAGAUUUCCCACAUCACAAUUUUCAUCACCACCCUCAAAGACAACCUACUCAUCUGAUAGAUUCGGAGUGCAAUUGCAAACUACCAGUUCACCAAAUGACGAAAGAAAUCAUUUGAAGACUUUAUCAGAUAUAAGCCCAACUCCACUCAAUUUGACCACUCUAUACGAGAGGAUGAAGGCACAUAGGGAAAACCAUAGAAAUAGAGAGAAACAUAGUGAAUGGUUCCAUCUGCCAACAAAAUGGUCUAACACCUCACAUAAGCCAAUGGUAUUGAGGUUUUCUAAGAAGAAUGGCCACAUGGAUAGGCAAGAGUUUCAUUCUGGUUUUCUCAGGCAGAUUGAUGCUAGAGCCUUUGGGUUCAAACCGACGAUACAAAGAUGAUACCUACCAAAUGUAGACAUCACCGCAGCUUUUUGACUGCUUUGUAUAUAUAUUUACAAAUGUUUUAGUUUGUACUCAUAGUCUGAACAGUACCUUAUGAUUUUAAAAGUAUUAUUGAAAUGAGCUGUUGCUCAGAAGUUGAAGGAACAUUUCAAGUCAACUUAGAUGGCUGAGUUGAAAUAUGAAUCGGGAAGAAAAAUCCACAAAAUAUUUAAAAAUUCAGACACUAAUAUCCUUCACAAUUAUUGAUACCGAGUUAACAGAACCUUGAUUUUUGUGUGGCUCCUCUGAUUGUAGAUAUAGAAAGAGAAGUAAACUAUGUAUUUCCAAAUAACAAAUUAACAAGGCUCAAAAAGAUAAGAAAUACCUAGCUACUAAGUUUCAGAAAAAAAUUCGUUUCAACUCUUGACUAGCAGCUCGAUAUUUAUUUAUAUUCAAAUAGUUCACAGAAAGUUAUUACUACUUACCUCACAGUUUGUAUAUUUUAAGAAAUCCAAAAGUUUUUAAUCCAUAUCAUAUUUUUUCUUCUUCAGUGAUACAUCACAUUGUAAGAAACUGAUUUUUUUUAUCGAAUUAAUAAGCUGUUCGAAUAUAUGUGAAAUAAAUAACUGAAUGUAUUGUAGAAUGCCAUGAAGUUAAACAAUCAGUGGUCCCUAGUUAAAUGUUUGUUUUUGUCCAUAUGCGAUUAACAUUUAUCUAACAUAGGUAUUUCAGUUAAUUGAAAACCAUUCAUUUAACUUGUCUGUUUUUCUAAUUGUAUUAUAUUAUUAUAGUCAUGUAUAUAAUCAAUUUUACUCAUUAGGUUAAGAUUUAAUUUAUUAUGUUUUUUAGAUAAGCACAAAAUUUCUUAUUUUCAUCAAAGAGAUCCCAAAGAACUUAAAAAAAAAUCAUAUUUCCAUAUAUUGGCGAUUCCAACAUUAUUGUUAUAAUGUAUAAAUAAUGUUUCCAUAAGUAUUGAAUGUCUGUUAGUUUCAUUCAGUAGAAGAAAAAACGGGAAAUUAAUUUCUCUCAACGAAUAAAUUAUAAAAAUAUUAAGGAUAAAAAGAGAUUUAUAUCUUUUACAAAGUGUUUUCCUACCUAGAAAUUGUAAUGAUAUUUGGCGUACUCAGCAUUCCAUUCGAAUAUAUAUUUUCAAAGCUAAGUUUUUCACAGAAUUACCAGUAAUUUUAUCUUUUUUUCCGAAUUAUAUCUAAAAAAUUAAAAGAAUAUAGUCUCUAACAGUAUUCAUCAUAGUAAUCAUGCUUCUUGCAUCUCAGAAUUUCAAAUGGAAUGUAUCAGGUAAUUGAAAUAGAUCCGUUGAUUCUUUUAAAUUUAUCGAAACGAAACUGUUAAAAAAUAAUUAAGAAAAUUUUGUGUCAAAAAUUGUCGUAUGUGCCAGUAUGUGAAUUGAAUAAAAUAUUUGGAA